GCACUCUGGUGUUUGUUUUUUUAUCUUUGAUCGAAGCUUUUCCUUAGCCCCCAAGCUAGAAGCUAACAAGCACUAUUCGAUGUUUUGACCUUAGYUUUAGCGCUUAUUUUGUGUCCCCUUUGUCAUACUGUCUGCGAGGCCUUUCGGUUUGUUCUUUUAACUUGUAUAAAAUGGUCGUUUUGACUGACAACAAUGAAGAACAGGAGUAUAUCCUGAUAGAGGAGCGUAAGUGCGCCUCGCUGCCUUGUUCUCCAGCCAAGCGAGUGUCUCCUGCCAAGAAGAAGCAGUUCUACAUCAAUCAAGCCAUCCGUAACUCUGAACUCAUCCCGCGUGCCAAAGGCAAGAAGAGUCUUCGUCGACAGGAAAACUCGCGCUAUCUUGACAACCUUCUUGAGAAGGAUGAGUGCUCCAAAGAUGACCUGGAGGUUUGCAGUAACCCGGCCAUCCCGUCCAUCUUCACUGAAGCCUGCCCCAACGGAAACUACGUGGAGCCCUGGAACGACUUUAUGAACUGCUCCGGUGAGGAGCAGGAGAGGCUGUUGUCUCUGCUGGAGCAGGAGGAAGCCCGGAGGAAAAACACCAACCAGCACCUCAAAGACCAAAGGAAUGUGUAUCCUGCCUUUGCUGCUCAGGAAUGCUACCUAAGAAUCGAUCGUCGGCUUCGGGUGACUCUGAGACGGAAACAAAUACCCAUGGGAAAGCUGGAAGUUCUUGAGGAGAACCUUCUCAGCUUCUUCAGCGCCGAGCCUCGCUCCGUUUACACAACCAUCCUCAGCAGCAGCUUUGAAAGACUGCUGCUUCACGCCAUCUGCCAGUAUAUGGACCUCGUCUCUGCAAGCAUCAACUACAAUGGGUCCCGUCAGACCGAAGUGGUGAACAAACAGGAGGAGUUUCUGCCUCCUAACCUGCUGCUAUCCGCCUACCUGGAGCAGAUGAGCUGAGACCAGAACCACCAACAGGAGCUGAGGGGAAUGUAGAAACGAUGCACCGUCUGCACACACACAGCCCGUUCUGUGCAUCAAGUACAACAGCCUUUUUUUUAAAAGUAAAUGUUCCAUUAUUUUAUCAGGAACAAGUAAAAAAUGUCGCGAGUGUGAUAACCAGAGCACUUCCACAAAGCUUUUUACCACCAGGUGCUAAGUCGGACCAAAAACCCUUCAUGAAUUAUGUUAGAUUAGAUUAGACCUUUAUUGUCAUUGUACAGAGCACAAUGAAAUUACAGUUCAGAACCAUUCAGAAGAAUAAAAAUACCACCUUGUAUUUAUUAAAAGUAAUAAAUUUGAAGUCAAAUCUAAAGGUUUAUGUGCAGGGCAUCUGGAAAGUCACAUUUUGUCACAUCGAAGCCUUCUUCCAAAAUGAACUUAACUUGUCCUCGGACUUCCACACAUAAAACCCUGGAAUGUGGAAAACACACGCACUGUGUAAGAAUAAAAAACUCCUUCGUCUCACUUUUUGUGAGAUUCUAUAAAUAAUCUAUCUUUAAACCGAACUUCAACAGUUGAUUUAACCAAAAAAUAAUAAUAAAAACUCAAUAAAAUAAUGGAAACUUUACUUUUCUGCAUGAAACGGUGCAAACAACAUCAACUCAUCACUGCCUGAGAGACUCAGCAGCUGGAUCUGUUAGUAAAGCAUGAAUAAAGGUGACCAGAACAGACACGCUCAUCACAGAUGAAAACAUAAAUGUCUUUUAUUGUUGCGUGGGGAAACAAAGUUCUCGUUUGUAGUCGUGCAUUAUUUAGUGUUAGAUGAUUUCUGCUUGCUUAAUGUCAGCCUGAUGCAUUAACAGUGUUGGAUCUCGACUCAAAGAUGAGUUUGCUCAUUUAGGAAGUUACAGUUUACACUUUGAUGUAAUUCUUACAGCUGCUUCUUUAAUCGACCUGGUAAUUAAUGUAUAUUAGUAUACUGUAUUGUGUACAGUAGAUGUACAACCACAGUUUUAGUCAAGCUGAGACGCUGUGUAAAACACUAAAAACACAAUAUGAGGAUUUUCAAAUCCCUUUCAAAUUAUAAAGAUGAGAUAUUUCAUGUUCAAACAGAUAAUUAUGUUUUACACAACAUCCUAGCUUCAUUAGGAUUGGGUUACACACGGACAUGUAUGUAACCAUAUUUAAUUUUUUUUGAUGGGUUAAAACGGGUUUUUGUUUAAAUACCAACACCUACUCCUGAGAAAAAGCACUUCUGCCUUACAAAAUACAGUUUCUAUGUCUGUACAUGAAUUUUUACAUUUGUGAGCAGCGCAGCAGAGCUUGACCUGUUUAUGUCGACAACCAAAGUUGGUCUGUUUGCGAUGAUUUAGAACUUCUCAGGCUUUGAAAUUUUCUCUUGAAUGUGUCGUAGUGACUUCACAUGUUGUCUUUUCCUCUCUCUGUGUGUUUGAUCAUGUUGACUUCGGCUCAGUGCUGCCAACUUUUUGAAAACAGUCAUGGUGUAGAUUUUUACCUGACUCGUGCCAAAAUUUGGGCCUUUUUAAAGCCCGGUGGUCUGAGAGCUUUACACACGCUACUGAAACAUCUCUGUGUAAAUACUGUAUGACAUGCGUAUUUAUAAUCUUUACUGCAGCUAUUAAAGGAUUUAAGUUGCA